GUUUCGUCUUGGAGUGGGAGCGCUUCAAUGCAGAGCAUGGCUACCAGCUGGUGUACUUCCCCUCGCGGCCGGGUCCGCAAGGGGAGGCUUCUGUGAAUAUUUCAGCGUGGUGGCUGCCAGCACCUCCGACGGCGAGAGGCCCUGCACCACGCAUUGUGGUUCUGCACGGCGUGGGCUCCAACAAUAAUCACUGUGGAGUGCAAGCCACGUGCUUCCUACUGCGAUCCAUCGGUUUCAGCUGUUUAACCCCGAGCGCAAGAGACAACGGCCUCUCGGGCUCCUCGUCGCAUCCGGAGAUCACGAGCUGGGCCUACGACUAUCACCUUGACGCUCUAGGAGCCUGGGACUAUGCAGUGGAGGAUCCGGAGGGGCUCCUUGGCGGCCCUCUGCCACCAAGCAAAGUUGGCCUCAUGGGAUUCUCCAAAGGUGCCUUGGAGACUGCCAUUGCGUUUGGCUUAGAGCAACGAGCUCCCGGUGCUUGGCUGGACUCGGGGCCUUACGGUGGUCUCUUUGGGAUGAUUCAAUCGGUGCUUUCGAAGGCACUGGGCAGGAGACUUGGCGACUUUCUCGCAAGAAUUGUCUUUUUCUGGGCCAAAGUCUUCACGGGCAACCGCGUGGAUGUCUUGAAGCCGUUGGUGUUGCUGCACAACUGCACUCCCGGGAACGUUCGGAACGUGCUGAUUGCCCAGAGCACGUUGGACGAAGUCGUCCCAAUUAAGUAUGCAGGCAUCGCUAUUUCGACUCUGUCUGGACUUCCGAGCUGCUAUUCGGUGCGCACCUUCACGCCCCCGCAGUACUGCAAUGGUGCAACGCAUCAUCAAGAGAUGUGGGAGUUCCCAGAUGACACCCGGCGCAAGCUCUGCGAUUUCUGGAGCAGCACCUUCAAGCAAGAUCAGGCCCUUUGCAACCUGGAGAACCAGCCAGACUUCCAGACAUGGUCUCCUUCAAAGCCCUUGCCUCCCGGCAGCCCUCCCACGCCGAUCUUGAGCUGA